UGAAAAGGGCUAAAACUAGCCUGAAAUGUGCUAGACUGGCAGCACUGACGGGAACACAACAACAAAAACGAAAACAACAAGCCCCAAACGCAAGCCUCAGUGAGAGAUAUUUUAUUUAUGAUUAUUUGGCUUUGUGAGUGCGCUGGGCGUUCGCGUGUUUUGUGCUCCCUUCUCGAAAGGUGCCUUCGCAUUCUGGUGGCUCUUGUUUUAUUUUUUUAUAGAAACCCGAAACGGCAAUAAAGCAGAGCACCCGAUUGCAGAAAUGUCGGGGGAAUUUGCAUAAUUUUCGUGUCGGCCGAACCAGAAAUUGUAUAAUAAAAGAAACUAGUUUGCGAGCAGAAAAGGCGCUGACGAGGAGAAGGUGCCGGAGACGGGCUGCCGUAAGACCACAGGAGAGAGAAAAGACGGAAGACAGGGAGCUGGCCUUGGGCCAGGCCCUCCACAAAUGGCCAUUCGACCAGGCCGAGGAUGCCCCCGCAGCACCAGCAUCACAGCGACAAUCCAGCCUGAAGCCCGCCACAGCAUCCGGAUACCAAUUCGAGCCGCAUAAUGUCCAGUGCCCAAUAUAAGGCACUCGAGCCGCAGACUUCCGACGAGGACCGAGAGGACAUCGAGCGGCAGCGCCAUCGCAGUGUUCCGUACACCAUGGGUCGGAAAGGAAGCGUUUCAGCGGGCCGGCGUCGCUGCCUGUUCCUAGCGGGAGCGGUGCUCUUCAUCGUGGCGUUCUGUUACCUCACCUUCAGCAUGGACACACGCCUCGCCCUGGGACUAGGCGGCGGCUCUGACGACUCGGAGGAGCACCACGGGCUGGGUAAGAAGCGGUUCACUGGGGGUCGGCCUGGGAGAUCGCAAGUGCCAAAGUUGAAAACAACCAAGUCCAGUUGGUUCGAAAACGACUGGGAGGAGGAGGAGGCAGUCGAGGAAGGGACAACCACAGAAGUUAGAAAAAAAGCCAAAAUCGAGGCAACUCAAGUGUUCGUGUCGGAGAAUCCAGAAGAAGAAUUUAUAUUUUCAAGAACAGAGGCGUCAGUUAAGCAAGAAAACAAUUUAUUAAUUACGGAAUCCAAAGACAAAAGAACUCAAAAUCUCGGUGCGACAGAACAGAAUUUCAUGAACGACUACCCGGCUGAGGAAGAGGAGUCCGAUGAUGACAGCCCAGAGCCCUCUGUAGACCCCGACAGGCUUGUGUACAAAUUUAUUCCCACGUCCUACGACGAAGAAAAGCUCCGAAGCAUAGAGUGGAUGCCCAGUUUCGAAAUUCAAGAGCACAAGGUGCAUCGCUCCCAGGAGCAACUCCACAGUACUAAUUUCCGGCCGCUGAACGAGACACUGCACAUUUGCAGCGAAAGCUACGAGGACCGGCGCCUCUUCAUGCAGGACAAGCCUCGAUCAGAGUACGAAAAUCUGCCAGUGAUAUAUUUUGUGACCCCGACGUAUCCACGCCGGGAACAAAUCCCAGAGUUGACGCGUCUGGCGCACACUCUGCUUCAUGUUCCUCGACUGCACUGGCUGGUGGCCGAUGACCAGGAGAAUUGCAAUAGCUAUUUGGAUACCUUGCUCAACCGAUUCGGCAUUCCCUUCACCCACAUGGUCAGUCCCAUGCCCAGCAAGUUUCGGAACGAGAAGCCAGCACCGCGGGGAGUGGCCAACCGAAGGGCCGCUUUGCAGUGGCUCAAGACCCACAACCUUUCCAACGGAGUUCUCUAUUUCGGGGAUGACGACAACACCUACGACCUGCGACUCUUCUCAGAAAUACGGAAGACGCAAAUAGUGUCCAUGUUUCCGGUGGGCCUGAUUGCCGAUUAUGGAAUCAGUGGUCCCGUAGUAAGAAAGGGCAAAGUGGUAGCGUUCCUCGAUUCCUGGAUAGCUGGCAGACGCUGGCCCGUUGAUAUGGCCGGGUUCGCCGUAAACCUGGAUUACAUGGCAAAGUAUCCGUACGUGAAUAUGCCGUACAAGCCCGGCUACGAAGAGGAUCUCUUCCUGCGCAGCAUCGGGCUACGCAUGGAUCAGAUCGAGCCGCGAGGAAGCAACUGCACUGAGGUUCUAGUCUGGCAUACGCAGACAAAGUCGAAAAAGAUCGGCACUCUGCGCAUGGAAGGUAGAUACAUGGACGACCGCUCCAAUUUGGGAGCCCUUCUGCACAACCUAAAAACUAUGGGAGUUGCUCUUAUCUCAGAAGACGAAGGUCGCAAUGCACUGAUUAGCAAGAAUGGAAAGGAGAAACCACACUCCCUCAUUCUCAGCUGAACAUUUGGGUCCAAAAUCCUUAGCAGGACCCAGAUAAUACUCAUACCCACACCGGCAGGCUUAAUUUACGUGUAAACAAAAACCAAAAUCGAAUCAACCGCCCCCUGAAUCCUCUUGUAAUGUCCUUUUUUUGGUAAUCGUUUUCCUCAUUUUUCAUUUUGCACAACGCCGUAAUAUAACACAUACGUUCUUCGGAUUCUCUCUAUGUAAUAUUGUUAAUUAGUUGUAGAUUAGUUCUCGUUCGUGAUAACAGGAUAGUAAACACAGGGAAGGACACAAAGAUAGAUUCAGGACUUGUCUAAGCAUAUUGUAAUAAUUAUCAUUAGGUUGUAAAGGUUCAAUGCUUUGAUUUUCUAAUUUGCUAAGCAAACUUAAAUAUUUCAGACUUAAAAAAAUAGAACCGCUUCAUUAGUUCAUUCAUCCGAUAAACAUAUCAAAAAGCAUGAAAUAAGUUAUUUCACGAUAGAAUCCCAGGACAUCAGACGCUUCAGUUAGGAUCACUAGGACUACUAGCCACUUAAUGUUAACGUAUUAAGUUACCCUGUAAUCAAUAAGAUCAUGCGCCAUGACGUGAAACAAAUAAACGCUAGUUUUUUUAAAGCUUUCUUUAAAACAA